AUGGCUUCUUCCAACAACAUGUUAGCCCUGCUUCUUGGGCUGCUCAUGGUGGUUCUCACCAAACCGGCCGUCGGAGAUUACGUUGUUAACCCUAAACCUCUAAACCCACCCCCAGUUCCCAUUUACAAACUACCCAAACCUCCGGUGGCUCCAAUUUACAAGCCACCAGUUGCUCCAAUUUACAAGCCUCCCAAACCACCAGUGGUUCCAAUUUACAAGCCUCCCGUGGCACCAAUUUACAAGCCUCCCAAACCUUUGGUGGAUCUAAUUUACAAGCCACCCAAGCCUCCGGUGGUUCCGAUCUACAAGCCUCCCAAGCCUCCGGUGGUUCCGAUCUACAAGCCUCCCAAGCCUCCGGUGGUUCCAAUCUACAAGCCUCCCAACCCUUACAAGCCUCCGUACAAGCCACCGACAUUGAACUGA